AUGCAUCGUGCUCUUCGCGUGACUGAACUUCUUCAGAUGAUCUUGGAAUGCCUCGCACCUCGGGACCUCGCGGCUGUAUCGACAACAUGCCGGGAUAUCUCACUCAUGGCUUCCGAUUUACUCUGGGAGGCACCAGGGUCUCUAGCCCCACUCGUUCGUCAACUUCCUACCAAGUUUAAGAGGCUAGAAAUCGAUCCAAUUACGACGAUCUACUUGUUCAGAUAUGACCCACUUACUGCAGAAGAUUGGGCUGUCAUCAUCCGCUUUGCGAAGCGUAUCAAGUGCUUUAACAACCUUACCGGGAGUAAAAGUGAGGGUGGCAGAUAUGACUCGGUCGGCCUUAGCGUCCUGGAGGCCCUUUGUGACCCUCCCUAUUCUAAUCCUUUGUUUCCAAGGCUUCAGAGUCUCCACUGGCGCGACAGAGACGAGGGUAUCUUCUUCUUACCCGUGCUGAUGAGUGGAUCUCUCAAGCAUCUCCGUUUCGAUGUCACACCCUGGAUUGGAGAGCCCCACAUGUGGAGGGCCAACUCAACCAUCAGCGAAGCUUACGAUAAGGCCGCGUCUGUGUUUAACGAUAUGGGCAAGCAUUGUCCAAGUUUGAAGACAUUCGUGCUACCUUGUGACCCUGGUUUGGCUGAUGAGUGUACGGCUCGGUGCGUCUCGGCUAUACGCAAUGCGGUACCGUCUUUGAAACAUCUUCGACACUUUGAGUUUGACCCCAUCGACAUCAACGUGCUCCAUCACCUAUCCGCUCUUCCCUGCUUGCGAACGAUGACUGUUACUCUUCCAGACGAACUUCAACACGCCGAACAGCUUGAUGAUUCUGCUUUCCCUAUGCUGGACUGUAUGAAGCUUCAACAUUCCGGGAGUCUCAAACCUUGCACGGAUUUCCUUCGCGCCCUCCCUCGUCAGUUACUGUUAUCACACCUCAGUGUCAGCUCGCACGUUCCUGGGGGGCUCAAGGAGUUUCUGGAAGCCGUGCGGGACAAGUGCUGCUCAGCAACUUUGAGGGAGCUAUCGAUCAACGAAGACUGGGAAAACGAAGACUUGACUCAACUGUUCGCGCCCGGUUUCAAUCUUACCGCCGACGAUAUACGCCCAUCAUAUGCCUUUCGACUCUUGAAUAACUUUACGAUAAACACGUGGCGCUCGGUGAAGUUUAACGACGACAAUCUCCUGGAGCUAGUGGAUGCAUUGCAAGAUCUCGUCUCCCUUAAGCUCAAUCCCUAUGGCUGGAACGGAUCUGGGAUUACUCUGGAAGGCCUUUCGAGAGCAGUUGAACGCUGGAACCGCAGGAAGCGUUUGGAGGUGCUCGGCUUGGCGUUGGAUGCAACCGCAAUGACUGCGACGGAAUUUCUCGCUUUGCGGCCUCGCGGUGUUCCCUCUCUGUCAUCGCUCAAGAAGUUCCACUUCGCGCCGGACAGCGAUUUCGGGGAGAACUCAUAUUUUACCGACCUUUGUCUUGGACAAUUUAUGAAUGUCAAGGGGAGAAGGGUUUGA